GGCUACUGACCAGCAGCAUUUUCGUUUGUGUUCCCGGCGCCACAUUUGUAUUUCUCUCUUAGCCAGCAGGGCUUUGGCUCGAAGAAACCGAUGGCUCUGAAGCCACAUGAUUUGUUUGACCAGUUAAGGAAAAUUUUCAGUGAAGUUAGAGAUAAACCAGUAGAUAAAGAUAACCAGUGUCAAUUACAUAUAAAUUUAGCAUAACCACUUUUCCUAGUGUCAAGUCCUGGCCGGUUAUAGGGACGAGCACGUCGGGGAAGAAUCUGGAUCCAAGUGUGGCGAGCGUCCGUUCCACGGUCUCACAGGGUUAAAAUAGUCACGCGUGCAGCUCGGGUGUAUCUCUGUAAUGUGCGCUUAUUCCUUGGCAAAAUUCACUUCAUCGCUCAUUCGAGUACCAUUUUAUCUGAAGAGAUCAACUUCUUGCAACAAGAUCAUUUCAAAUUGGAUAUCAGACAUGAAAAGCACCGGCAAUCGUUCCCCGAACUUCACAGUCAGCCCUCAGUCUUCGCUUAUGGACCGCAAGGUGAAGAUAUGCAUAUCAGGACUUCAGGCCGGACAACCCAUCACUUUACACGCCUCAGUGGUAGGUGAUGCGAAUGAAAUCUUCGAAUCUCACGCACAUUAUGUUGCUAACACGGUAGGAGAGAUUGAUAAUUCAUGCGACAUUUCUCAUGGGGGAUCUUUCACUGGCUGUGAACAGAUGGGAUUUCUGUGGAGCAUGGCGCAAGCCCCAGGCCAGAAAAAAGGACUUCGACUGGCAAAGAAGGAUGUCACAAAGCCUUAUGCCAUUCAACUGAACUGCUUUAAUGGACAUCUAUCACCAGAGGAGGGAUUUGUGAAUAGCUUAACAAGGAACCAUCUACAGCCCAUAAUGAGUUCAUCCCUGGAGAAGUCCUACAUGGCUGAUGGAGUGCAGAGAAUUCCUGUGAGGCAGGGGAGGGUGCGUGGGACUUUGUUCUUACCUCCUGGAAAUGGGCCAUUUCCAGGUGUCAUAGAUCUGUUUGGAACAGCAGGAGGUUUAAUUGAGUUCAAAGCAUCUCUCCUUGCAUCUCAUGGGUUUGCAACACUCUCCCUCGCAUACUUUGCAUAUGAUGACCUUCCAAAGUACCUGCCUUACUGCGAACUUGAAUAUUUUGAGGAAGCAGCCGACUGGUUUGUAAAACAUCCUGCGGUUAUGUCGCAUGGAAUCGGUGUUAUGGGUGUCUCAAAAGGCGCAGAAAUAACAUUGAUGAUAGCUGCUCAUAGAAAGGAUAUUAUUAAAGCUGUUGUGCCAAUCUCUGCUUCACUUGUCAUCUCAGUUUCACCAUUCAAAGUCAAUGGACAGCUCACAGGUGUUUAUUAUGAUUUCACUAACGCAAAGAUGACUGCAGAUGGAGCAAUAAACUUGUGUGACUGUGUACCUGUGCAAGGACUUGACAAACUUGACCCUUCAGCCAUAAUCCCAGUGGAGAAAAUUGACUGUCCCAUAUUGGUUAUUUGUGGAGAGGAUGAUAAAAGUGUUUUAUCUUCUGAAAUGGCACAUGAGAUUUUCAAACGCAUGACUUCAAAUGGCAAAAGUGCAUUGUGCUCUGUCUUAAGUUAUCCUGGCACAGGGCACCUUAUUGAACCCCCCUUUGCACCUCUCUGUUAUGCCUCUUAUCACAAGAAUUUUAAGACAACUUUUGCUUGGGGAGGAAAUCCUAAGGACCAUUCACUGGCUCAAGAACAUUCCUGGCAGAAAAUAUUGGAAUUCUUCAGGAAGAAUCUUGGUCAAAGCCAGAUCAGUCACCUUUAGAUAACAGCAGUGAUAAUUACUGAUUAUACAAAGUCAUUGGUUAACAAGCUUCAUAAUUUAGCCUUCAAAUAAUCUGUUCAGAUGUAUCAAGCUUCAUAAUUUAGCCUUCAAAUGAUCAGCUAGAAUCUUUAUCAACUACACUGGUCUAAAAUCUUUUGCUUGCUUCUAAUAUUUGUCCCUGCAGUUACAACCCUUAGUGUGAUGCAACUUUCUCAGCAGAAAUGCGUGGCUUUAUGUAAAGGGGGCUUAUAUGGAGAGAGAGGGAAGGAAGGGGGGUAACAGUAGUUUGAAUAUUAAAAUUCCAAAUGAGUCAAAGCUCUUUUUGUGCAUGGAAUGACAGAGAAAAUGGUCUGUAUGGGGCUACAAGUCUGCUUAGCUGUUGUACACUUCUACAGGAGAAUAUUGAACAAAUUUAAAUAUAUUUAAAUUGAAUACUAAGAUUGGAUAGAAUUUAAUAGUUAUCAACAAUAAUAUUGUUAUCAGUAUUUAAAGAUCAGAUGAGAUUGUAAGAAGUUGUUCUGAUUAAACUUUUGGUCUUCACCGUAACAAACAUGUUUUUGUCUUGCAAUUUUUAUCGCCACAUUUUUUGUGAGGAUAUUAGAAAAUGAGAAAAAUAUAUUUGAUAGAGAAUGCUUUUGUUGUUACCUCAGCCUCAUGUUGAAGUGCAUACUAAUCAGAUUACCUUCAACACUUAUUUAACCAUUGACACCCGGAGCUUUUUGGGAAAAAACAAUUUUUGGAAUUUUGGACAUUUUCAGCAUUAGCUCCAGUCUACUCAGGAAGGCAAUUCCAACACAGCAGCAAGCCUUUCUUUCCACUAAACUCGCUUUUUAAGACAUUUUUGCAUGGGCAUGCGCACAAAUCAAAAUUUUUCUUUUAUUUAUUUAUUUUUUUACCUUUCCUUUUUCUCCUUUUCCUAUCUUUUUGCUGCAGCUGUGGACCUGCUUCCAGUUAAAGAAUUCACAAGAAAGCAUCAUCAAGACAGGAAAUUUUUGCCACAGAGUAGCCAAGUUUAGUUGAGGGAAAUUUUCCUCCCAUUUUUACACUCAAAUUUCUUGGCAUUUAUCAUGCAUAUUUCACACUCAAUUGACCCAAUUACUCUGAUCUGGGUAUCAUUGGAAAGAUCUUUUCCUCCUGCAGAACUCAAGUAUAGGUGAUGCCAAUUUUCAUCAAAGGUGAUGACAUCAAAAGUGGAACAAAAGCCAACCUUCAUCACAGCUGGUUAUGGACAGCACAGGUGCCAAUGAGUUAAAUUAUUAUGUACAUUGGGUUUGUAACAGUCAAAAUUCUUUUCCAAACUGGUUUAUUAAAAGCUGGGUCAUUUUGUAAUGCAAUUCAGAGAUUGUAUUGGCUAAGGCAUCAUGGUAUAUGAGCAAUUAUAAUCCUUCAAAUAGUUUCACUUAUAUGUGAUUGGUCUUAACACAUCAUGUGAGUGAAUAUGUGCCAAAUAAAACUGGGGAAUAUCCAAGUGAUAUUCCCCAAUUUUCAUGACUGCAUGUGUUGCAAAAAAUAUUUGAAAGAUAAUAGACACAAUAGCCUCCAUUUGGUGCAAAAACAUCCUUGGAUAUCUGUUCCUCAAUACUCGCAGUUGCUACUCAGAGCAGAUAAUGUCCACGGACAAAUAUCCAAGCACAUUUUCGCGCCAAAUGGAGGCUAUUGUUUAUUCAUACCAUGCUCUACAAAUAUGCUAAGGUUAUGAAUAACUCAGGGGGAAUUUUUAUUUUAUUUUAUUUUAGUUUUCUAUAUUUUGGGGGCCUCUUUUUUAAGGGGUUUCAUUAAGAGCCAGGUACUGGGCAAAUUGACUGGCUCUGAGAAUGAUUUUGCAUGCCUGAUUUAACCAUGUAGAGAACGAUUUUCUCUUUAAGAAGUUCAGUUCAAAAUAAUUUGCUACUUGUGAAAACCAGUUGCCCUGCUGCCGGCAAUACUAUACUAUUCUUCUCCUGCUUGUUAGAUAUGAGAUGAUUAUAGCCAACUUGGCAUUACCCACCUCGUUGGCUAUCUAUCAUCCCACAUCCAAUGCUCACUCUUGGAAUAACCAUUAAUUAUUACACUCUCACAAAAAAAUCUUCCAUUCACAUCAGUGUUAGGGUCAUCUUGCAGCCCCAUAUUGUGCAAUGUGUGGCAGCCAGUUACUGGACACAUGAUACUAGUCCAGUUCGGACCCUCUCUCUCUGUCACAUACAUGUAAUUCUACGUAGCAUUGCAUGCCCAGGGGGCACUCCCAUUUAAAAAGGACGGGGCUGCUCAUCAGAAAUUUCGACAAGAACCCCUAAAAGGUAUCAAGAUCCUGUUUUGAAGGCAUGGCUUGAAAUUUUUUUCACCCCUAAGAGGCACCAAUUCUCAAACACAACAUUGACUUUUUUCGGCUCAAAACCCUAAAAGGUACCACGAAAGCUCCUGCUGCGUACCUUUUUAGGCUGAACACCCCAGGAGGUACCAAAUCUGCUUUUUUAACCUCUUACAGUACAGUCAAGGCACGACAGGCACCCCCAACCUUGUUAUAUAGGAGUGCUCCCUGGACUGCAUGGCAGAGAGCCAGAACUGGACUAAGAUUACACACGUUUUUUUUAAGAUGGACACUAAAGAUUAUUGAGGGCAACAAAAAAAUUAUUGCAAGGCACAUUUAGGAACAAAAUGGCUUAUUUGUAGUGUCUGUAUAGCCUGAUGCAAACACAAGGGAUAGUUUAGGAAAAUUGAAUGUGUAUAAAAACUUGAGCCAUAAGUAAGCAUCGCAUUUACCAUUGAUAGUUUUGAAUUCCCCCAAACUUUCUCUCUUGUAGGUUAUAUGCACAGCAGUUAGCCACUUUCUAGUUCUCAAAAAGACAUCUUAGCCUAAAC